AAGUUUAAGAAAUUCUGAGUGGAAUAACAUGGCCACUUUUUUUUUAAAUAAGGACUUAAAUUUGUUACAGAAAGUAAAAAAUAAACUCCCCCUCUGUCUUUGUUUACAUUUCUCAUGUAGUUUCGGUCAUUAGCACCACCUCGAAAGUAUCACUGGCUCUUUUUUCAACUCACCUCCAUAAAGAGCUGGAGCCAGUGUUUACAGCCCGUGUAACAGUGUUAAGGCAAUAAUGAUAAUGCAACUAAUGUAAAAAACUAGGACUUUACAGUGUUAAGGAGAUCGUAGGAGAACCUCGUCUAAAGGAUGGAGCGUAAUAUUUGUAUGUUUGUAACCGGCCUACUUGCUAUUUUACUGGCCUUUAUCGUGCCAUGGAGGAAGGGCACUACGGUGGUUGACAAGAUACAUGAUGAAUAUGAUUAUAUUAUAAUUGGUGCGGGCUCAGCGGGGUCAGUGCUCGCUUCAAGAUUAUCUGAAGAUUCUGAGCAUACAGUACUUCUUCUAGAGGCUGGUGGUGAUGAUAUGGGUGAUAUGUUUUUAUCUACUCCAUUUGUUUAUGCACUGUCUCAACACUCCAAACAUGAUUGGGAAUUCUAUACUGUCAAACAGCACAAUAUCAUGUUAGGUUUUAAAGAAGAGAGAAACUACUGGCCAAGAGGGAAGUGUCUAGGGGGAACAAGCAGUCUAAACGGCAUGGUAUAUGUUCGUGGAAGUAAAUAUGAUUUUGACGAAUGGGCAGCAGAGGGAUGUGACGGAUGGUCGUAUAAAGAUGUACUUCCAUACUUCCUGAAGUCAGAACAUAUUCUCAUUGAUGGUUUGAAAGAUUCAAGGUAUCAUAACUCUGGAGGACCAUUGCCAAUUUCUGCUAAUAAGAUGACAUCUUUGUCAGAUACAAUAUCUAAAGCAGGGGAAGAGAUAGGGUAUCAGAAUGUUGACUGUAAUGGCGCAGAGAUGAUAGGUAUUUGUCCAAUCCAAGGUACUAUUACAGCCAACGGCCUUCGUGCAAGUACGUCAAGGAGUUUUCUACGGCCAGUAAUGGACAGGAAGAAUCUACAUAUUUCUAUCCAUUCUCACGUCCAAAAGGUUCUGAUUGAAAACAAAAGAGCAACAGGUGUGUCUGUGAUAAAAGAUAACCGGACACUGACAGUGAAAGCACGGAAAGAGGUCAUACUAUCAGCUGGUUCAGUGAUGUCCCCACAGAUUUUGAUGUUAUCAGGAAUAGGUCCAAAGGCUCAUUUAGAUGACGUUGGGAUCAAUGUAGUAGCUGACUUGCCAGUUGGAAGGAAUUUACAAGAUCAUUUAUACGCAGCUUUUACAUGUAACACAAACACAACAGACCUUGUAACAACCUCGGCCGUAAUUGGUCCAUCCGGCCUUUUCAAGUAUCUUUGGAACGGUAACGGCUGGCUAGGAAACACCGGAACCCUCAUUGAUCUCGCAUUUUUCCAACUUGAUGAAGAAAUGAAGAAAACGAGACCAGGUCGACCAGAUAUCCAGCUACAUUUUGCUUCAGCAUUAGUAGAAAAUAGCGGCGAUGACUUGAAAAAUAUGUUUCCAUUGAAGGACGAGGUGUGGGAUUACUUGGAUCGUUUAAAAGUUGAAAAGGGAGGAAAGCUGGGAUUUUCUGUUACUGUUAAUGAUCUACAUCCAAAGAGUCGAGGAAUAGUGAAACUUAACAAAACUAAUCCACAUGGACACCCUGAAAUUAUAGCAAAUUACUUACAUCAUCCAGAUGAUCUGAAAAUGCUUAUGAAAGGAAUGAGAGAAACGCUUCGUUUACUAAACACAAAGGCCAUGAAAGGCAUAGGAGUGGACACAGAAGAUCGGGACCGUGCUUUUCCGCAGUGUAGUCAAUUUGAAUAUCUUUCCGACGAUUACCUUGAAUGUGCUAUAAGGCUUGUAGCAACCACAAAUUAUCAUCCAACAUCAACUUGUAGAAUGGGAAAACUUGAUCAUCCUGAUACAGUUGUUGAUCCACAACUCAGGGUAAAAGGAAUACAAGGAUUACGAGUUGCAGACGCCUCUGUGAUGCCAACUAUUACUUCCGGUAACACGAACGCUCCAACCAUCAUGAUAGCAGAGAAAGCAGCCGACCUUAUAAGAGGGGUCGAUACCGUGAAGCAUUUCAAGAUGAAAUUAAACAACUUAUAAAUGGGAGGCUUAUCUUUUGAUGAAAUUUGAGCAAUGAUACAAAAUAAUAUAAAAAUGGUUAGUGGGGAAACGGGAAAUAAAACUGUUUUCCAGACAAUCCCGACACUGUGAGAUCAUUCAAUUUCGUGGACACGAAAUUUCGUUUUUAGCUAAAACGACUAUUCCUUGAAGAUAUCGCAAGGUUCAAGUUUGGAACAUUAAAUGAAUGGGAAAUUUACUUUAUACGUUUGGAAUCGAUUUUCUUGGAUGGACUUAACCGCGAAAGUAAGCCCCCACAAAAAUUAAUUAUUUCACAGUAAUUGUAUUUAAUUAACCUUUAGCCUGCUGGUGGUAAGUGAUUCUGCCUUUGCAAUCAGUGCAGACCAAGAUCAGUUCAGCUAAAUAUGUACAGAGUAAAGCAUUUGGUAUUAAAAACAAAACAAAAGACAAUGGUAGCUUUUGUUAAUUUAUAAAUUUCCAUUAUCUAAAUGCUUGUAAAUAUAUCUACACCAAAAAAAAAAUUAUGUAAAGUACAUGUAAGGUACCACCACCUAAAUAUUGAUCUGACUCAUUACCUGAGCUUGUCAUGUAUAUUGCAUAGUUCAAAACACAGUCUACCCCAUCUUCUUAUAAUCUUCUUAUACUGCACACAAUCAAUUUGUUUUCAUAAUUUUAACAUGAUAUCAGAAAUUCUUCCCGACCAAUCAGAAAGCUUCAUUUUCAAGUAUCUGUCAUUUUCCACUUGGGUUUAAACAACGCAUUUUACAAUAAAUACAAUAUAUAGAGUUCAAAAGUAAAUAUUACAGUAUUUUAGCGAUCUGAUUUAAAUUUUACCAUACAUGUCUAAAAGAUGCUACAUAAUACAUAACAUUUCAUUGUCGGUUAAAAAGCUCAGUCAGAGCUUAUGUUGUAUAGUUAUAUGUCUUGCCUACUAAAAAUACAAUGUAAAACUUAUAUUAUCUUAUCUUAUCUUAUUUAAGUUUCAUUUAAAUAUUAUAGUGAUUUAAUGUCAAGUAAGAGAUUUUAAACAGGGAGGCUAUGAUAAAGUUCAGUUAAAUGUAGAAAUAACCCAAUUGAAAUUAAUACCAUUUCACAAUGAUUCAGGCAUGUUAAAAAUAUGAACUGGACGUAAUUCAAGCCCCAAAACUGUUUGGCAGAAAAUAACAAAAUAACGUAGACCAGUGAGUAUUAAGCACUAAAAGAAUCGUUAAAGUAAUUAACUAACAAAAAAACAGGAGUAUCAUAACAAUGAGUUUUAAAUAAAAUACAGAAAACAUUUCUAAACAGCACGAAACUAAAAACUGAUAUAAAUUUAUCGGUAACAUGAUGUCAUUAAGCAGGUAAGAAAAUACACGGAUAGGGAAUUACACCUUCUGAGAGCAACUUGCCUGCUGUGAACAUUUCAAAUGUGUGUAUCUCAUAUCCUGUCACAACAGAACAUGCAAAGCAACUUUAUCUUUACUUCGGUAUUUCCUUUAUUUUGACAAUUAUUGUGCGUCCUCAAAAUCUGUAUUACAGACAGUAACUUAAUCUGAUGUGACAAAGGAUAUAUCAGAUCAGUGUGUAAAGAAAAAGUCAGAAAUCUGCUGAAGGUAGUCUAAAUAAGUGAAUGAAGUAUUGCCAACAGAAUAAAAUACCCUACUGGAAGAACACUAUGUGUGUGCGUGUGUGUGUGUUUUGGUUACGAGUCUUU